AUGUUCUCUUCGCCCAGCGCCGGCAAGUCUGUCGAUAGCUUGUCACCACUGUCGCCGGGCGGCCGGGCAGACUAUCCUUUCCACAGCAGGAAUCGGCCAGCUUCGAGGCGAGGAUCGACAGCGAGCUCCAUCCACUCAAUUGGCGGUGCUUUACAUCCCCCAGUCAAUGGUAGUAACCUAUCGGUUUAUGAAUCUGGUCAAAAUGCCAUCUCGACGUUGCUCCAACCCCCCAUCGUGCGAACCGGCCUCCAACCUCAUACAUCAGCGCCCGCCUCUAGCGCCCACAAGCCCCCGACAGCGCGAGAUAUCCCACCUGUAACAUUAACGAAUAUUCCUCAUGUCGAUGCCGAAGACUUCAAGCCAUAUCUUUCGCAAGUCGGUGCCCUAUACGAGCAACUGCGCCGCAUCCAGGAAAACGAUGAGGAUGCUGUGGUGUCCAGUCGGCCAUUCAAAACCGAGGAUCCGAGUGAAUCAGCAGAUGGCUACUUGCGACCAACCAGGUCACGGCCGCCGAGGCGCGGCUCUACCUCGUCUAUAUCGUCACUGGCUUCGAUCGAGGCGCCUAGCCCGUCUCGGAAACCGAGUAUGAGUUUCAGUCGCAAAGCGCCACAGGGACCUCCGCCGCUCUCGACUAUUCCUACAGUCUACUUUGACGAAGACUUUCGUCUGGAGAAUCCGAGAACGUUCGAUAUUGUCAGCGAGAGAUCCGAAGUUAUCAAAUCGGUCGAUGGCAAGCCCAAGGGUGACAGCGCAGCCCCCCGAAAGGCUCUUGCUACUAAUGCUAUACUGCAAGAGAAGCUUUCUUGGUACAUGGAUACUAUAGAAGUGCAUCUGAUCAACUCCAUCUCGACAGCUUCAACCACAUUUUUUACUGCGCUCGGCUCGUUGAAAGAAUUACAUUCUGAAGCAGCCGAAUCUGUCGAGAGAAUCAAGACGUUGAGACACGAACUGGAGGCGCUCGACGACGAAGUCGCCACGAGCGGCUUAGAGGCAGUCCAAAAAAGAAGACGACAAGAAAACUUGCAAGAAUUAAGCGACGCCGUUGAACAGCUGCGCCAGGUUGCCGAAGGCUUGGCCACAUGUGAAAGCUUGGUUGACGAAGGGGAGAUAGACAAGGCGUUGAACAGUAUAGACACGCUAGAGAAGCUCAUUUCCGGGGAGCGCGAUGGAGCGACGCAGGAUAGCCCGAAGCUGCGAAACCUGAGAGGCGCUGCAGCACUUCAAAGUAUCGAUACGGACCUGAAUACGCUACGUUUCCGAGUCGGAAAGGCAUAUGAGUCGCAAUUUACCAGCAUUCUUUUUGCAGAUCUACGGCGGCAUGUCGACUCAGUUUCGACUGCUGAUGUACUUUUGCGAUGGGACAAUGCUGCCUCUCGAACGAGAGGAGGCCAUUCUCGCUCUCCUUCCAUAUUCCCUACAUAUCUGACCGCAACAGAAGAUUUGAAGGCCCAGUUACACCCUGUGAUGGCUGGUCUGUCUCGAGCGAAGCAUGUCAGCACGGCAGCCCUGGUAUACAAGGAUGCGGCACUAAAGGAGAUUCGAAACCUCAUUCGGCGGCCUUUGCCGAGUUCAGGCGAGGACGACAAUAUGUCACUCAUGUCAGUUUCGACAGCCGGUGGCGGAAGACAUUUAUCGAGCCAGGAGAAAUCAGCCAACCUCGCCCGCAAUUUGCGUGCUCUGGAAGCCGAAGAUGCGGAGGACUUGCUCAAGAAAAUAUAUGUCAGCGUCACAGAGACGUUACGGAGACUAUCAACACAGGCCAAGGUGCUCCUUGACAUCGCAUCGUCUCUCGCAGACACAUCGGAUGGAGAUGCUGUCAAGUCCCCCACAAUACGGUCGCCGCUGGGUAGCCCUCGCCCAGACCGCCAAGCAGCAUUCCCUGGAUUUGAGAUUCAAGAAGAGCUGCAUAAGGCACUGGAUGUGACCAACCUUCUGGCUCAGGGCGUUGACAUUGCCAAUGACAAGAUUGUCAAGGUUCUGAAAGUUCGCUCGGAGCAGGCAACAGGUCUUCCUCUAGACAUGUUCCUGCGAUACUUUACGCUGAACUUGUACUUUGCAAACGAAUGUGAAGCAAUUUCCGGACGAAGCGGCACGCCACUGAAGAAUCUCGUCAACAACCACAUCAAAGAGUUUGUCCAGAGGCACCAGAACGCUGAGAUGCAAACACUCGCGCAAGGCAUGGAAGCGGACAAAUGGGUUGCCAAAGACUUUAAUGAAAAGCUCACGAGACAGCUCAGUGAGAUUUUGGAAUGCAGCACGCACGAUGCCGAGUCAUGGGGCAACGGCAACAAGCUGUGGGUGCCGGCCAUGGAGCUCCUCAAGCUGAAGCUGGAAGAAGAGUCGGCCGAGAAAGAAAAGGAGAAGAGCAGCGGCGAAAAAGAAAAGGCGCGACCGGCGGUUAUUGAAUUAGAGAGAUUCAUACUUCCAAACUCGGCCAUUCUUUGCAUGCAGGGCCUGGAACACUUUUUACACUUGAUUUCAGGCAUCCCGUCCAUGACUACGGAUGUUGCAUCGUCGUUGAUCGCUUACUUGCAGCUGUUCAAUUCACGAUGCACACAGCUCAUUCUGGGUGCGGGUGCAACGAAGACGGCGGGGCUCAAGAACAUUACGACGAAGCAUUUGGCUCUCGCAUCUCAGGCCCUGUCCUUGAUUGCCACGCUGAUUCCGCAUGUUCGCGAGUUUGUCCGGCGCCAUGCCGGGUCCGGCGCAGGCGCGUCGGGGCUAAUGGGCGAGUUUGACAAGAUCAGGAGACUGCUGCAAGAGCACCAAAGCAACAUACACCAGAAGCUAGUUGAGAUAAUGAACGGUCGUGCUACUCUUCACUCUAAGGGCAUGAAGACGAUUCAGUGGCACAAGGACGACGAAGGGGCAAGACCACAUGCGUACAUGGAGACCCUGGUCAAGGAGACGACGACACUGCAUAAGGUGCUGACGAAACACCUUCCGGGGAGCGUAAUCCAGGCUAUUAUGGUCCCGGUAUUUAGCGGCUACAAGGAGCAGCUUGGGUCAGGAUUUAAGGAUGCAGACGCGAGGAACAAGGCUGGUCAACAAAGCAUGCUCCGAGACAUUGAAUUGUUUAAAAGCACCCUUGGCACCCUUGAUGGAUUUGGCGAUGCUGGGGAGCAUUUGACCAAUGUUGUCAAGAGCAAGGAGAUUGCGCCUGAAGCAGCAGCAGCGGCCUCGGCAGAGCCAGCAAAGGACACAACGCACGAAGACGGGGACAAGCAGGACAGGGCCGACAGCAAGGACGAGGAAAAGGCGGACAAUGCAGGCGACGAGGACGCUGGCACCAAAGUCGAAAAGACCGAGUCGAGCGAGGAAGAGCCGCCCGAGCCACCAGCCAAGGACGACGCAGACACAAACAGCAAGAAAGACGGUGAAACAAAGGACAAGUAG